CAUUUAUUACGGCUGAAAACUUCUCUAUCCAAGCAAUGAAAAAAAGGAUCCUGCCUAGAAAGCAAGAGGGAUGUACAAGCCCAGAGGGAUCUGAUGUAACACUGAAACCGUAAGAAAUACAACUCAUUCUUGUGAUGAAAGGAGCUGUGGUAUUACAGUCCACUUUGGAAACACGUUGAAGUCUGUCCAUUGUGAAAUUGGAUCCGUAAAGAACAAGAUCUUUGAUUGUGAUACCUGCAUAUAAGAUCUGAACCUAAAAUGUCCUGUAUAGAUCCAUUUCAACACAUUACAGUGGAACACCAGUAUUCACACAAAUUAACUGUGACAGUAUUGAAAGCCACAAAUGUUACAAAAGGGGCUUUCGGUGAUAUGCUUGACACUCCAGAUCCGUAUGUGGAGCUGUUCAUCCCCUCAGCCCCUGACUGCAGAAAGAGAACAAAACACUUCAAUAAUAAUGUGAACCCUGUGUGGAAUGAGACCUUUGAGUUUAUUUUGGACCCGAACCAGGAAAAUGUUCUGGAGAUCACAUUAAUGGAUGCCAACUAUGUCAUGGAUGAGACUCUUGGCACAUCAACAUUUCUUAUAUCCUCUCUGAAACUGGGGGAGAAGAAAGAAGUUCCAUUUACUUUUAAUGAAGUCACAGAAAUGACUUUGGAAUUGUUUCUUGAAGUCUGCUCUUCAACUGACCUCCGGUUCAGCAUGGCUCUGUGCGAUCAGGAGAAGACAUUUCGACAGCAGCGGAGGGAAAAUAUCAUGCAGAAAAUGAAAACCCUCCUGGGAGCAGAAAACAGCAAGAACUUGGCCACUUCCCGUGAUGUACCAGUGAUAGCGGUAUUGGGUUCAGGUGGUGGAUUUCGGGCCAUGGUGGGGUUUUCUGGAGUUAUGAAAGCGCUCUACGAAUCAGGAAUUUUAGACUGUACAACAUAUAUUGCUGGUCUAUCAGGAUCUACGUGGUACAUGUCAUCUUUGUAUUCUCACCCAGAUUUCCCAAGGAAAGGACCAAAGGAGAUUAAUGAAGAAUUGAUGAACUCUGUUAGUCAUAACCCACUUCUGCUGCUCACUCCUCAGAAAGUCAAACGCUACAUUGAAGCAUUAUGGAAUAAGAAACGUUCUGGGCAGCCUGUAACAUUCACUGAUAUCUUCGGAAUGUUGAUAGGGGAAACACUUAUCCAAAAUAGAAUGAAUACCACUUUGAGCAAGAUGAAAGAGAAAGUCAAUGAGGCACAGUGUGCUCUGCCACUCUUUACUUGUCUCCAUGUCAAACCUGAUGUGUCAGAACUUAUGUUUGCAGAUUGGGUGGAAUUCAGUCCGUAUGAGAUUGGUAUGGCGAAGUAUGGCACAUUCAUGCCUCCUGAUUUGUUUGGAAGUAAAUUUUUUAUGGGAACAGUGGUAAAAAAACAUGAAGAAAACCCCCUGCACUUCUUCAUGGGUGUUUGGGGCAGUGCAUUUUCUAUAUUAUUUAACAGAGUACUUGGAGUUUCCAAUUCUCAUAAUAAAGGUCCCACCAUGGAGGAAGAAUUAGAAAAUAUUAGGCUAAAGCAUCUUGUGAGCAAUGAUAGUUCAGACAGUGAAGAUGAAUCACAGGGACCAAAAGGCACUGAAAAUCCUGAGGCUGAAAAAGAACUUCAAAGUAGCAGUCAAGAAAGCUGGGUCCAGCGCAUGCUGAUGGCCUUGGUGGGAGAUAGUUCCCUUUUCAACACCAGAGAAGGGCGUGCUGGGAAAGUACACAACUUCAUGCUGGGCUUGAACCUCAACACAUGGUACCCACUCUCCCCUUUGGCAGGCCUGGGUACUCAGGAAUCUGUGGAGGAGGAUGAAAUGGACACGGCAGUUGCAGAUCCUGAUGAAUUUGAGAGGAUAUAUGAGCCACUAGAUGUGAAGAGCAAAAAGAUUCAUGUAGUGGAUAGUGGGCUCACCUUUAACCUGCCAUACCCCCUUAUCUUAAGACCUCAGCGAGGCGUUGAUCUCAUCAUCUCCUUUGAUUUCUCUGCAAGGCCAAGUGACUCCAGUCCUCCUUUCAAAGAAAUUUUGCUGGCUGAAAAAUGGGCCAAAAUGAACAACCUUCCUUUUCCAAAAAUAGAUCCACAUGUGUUUGAUCGAGAGGGCCUGAAGGAGUGCUAUGUUUUCAAACCCAAGAAUACGGCUACAGAGAAAGACUGUCCAACCAUCAUCCACUUUGUUCUGGCAAACAUCAACUUCCGGAAAUACAAAGCUCCAGGUGUUCCAAGAGAAACUCAGGGAGAGAAGGACUUUGCUGACUUUGAUAUUUUUGAUGAUCCUAAUACGCCAUUCUCUACCUUCAACUUCCAAUAUUCCAAUGAAGCUUUCAAAAGGCUUCAUGAUCUAAUGGAAUUCAACACUCUGAAUAACUUAGAUGUGAUCAAGCAAGCAAUGGUGGAAAGCAUUGAAUACAGAAGACAGAAUCCAUCCCGCUGCUCUGUGUCCCUCAGCGAUGUUGAGGCAAGAAAAUACUUCAACAAGAACCCUCCAAGCACUAACCAUACAUAGGAUAUGUACUGCAGGUGCCACUCCUUCAAGAAAUUUUCUAAAUCUAUGUAACUGGAUCUGGACACGCGUUACAACACACCAUUGCUCAAGUGAAAGGGCCAGGUGAAACUGAGGAAAGCAUUUUUCUGUGACAUUUCAUGUUUCACUGUGAUUUGUACUUUUUUAGUUUUGUUUGGCAUCUACAAACAUUUACAAAAUUCCGGCAUAAAUGGCCAUUCUUUAUUUAAAAAAAUACAGAAUUGUGCAGACUUUGGAUGCAAAGUAAUUUGGUUUAAAAUGCUCCUGUUUUUGUAAAACUUCUCCCAAUUUCAUGAAUAUUUUGUCUCAAUAUUUUCCAUUUUAAAGUUUUGUUAAAAUGGUGCCUGUGUCUGGGUUCCGGGAAGGGCCACACUGAGAAUGCCACACGCAGGGCAGACUGCAAGGAGCAGGCAGACAAUCUUCCCAAACUGGUGGUUUAUUCGAUAAUUCAGUUAACCAAACCAGUAACAAAAUAGCUUUUAUGAUACCACAUUGGUUAACCAGAAGCCAAACACAGUCCCCUUUUAAACAUUCCAGCCCUUGGCUCCCAUCCAGACAACCAAGUCUAAUAUAGUGGGGGGUUACUGAAAACCCAUUUCACCAUAUGUGAGGUUCUUUCUAAUCCCAAAGGAUCAGACACAUACCCCCAGGUCAAUAUGAAUCUCACCCAAAUACCACGCUGUCAGCCCAUCUUUAGUAAACAAACUAAAGAUUUAAUAAUAAAAGGAGAGAGUUAGAAAUGGUUAAUAGAUCACAUACAUACAAACAAUUGCCAAGUCCUUUUAUCAGGUUUGUAGCAAUGAUGGAAUAGAUUGCCGGCUUGUAGAGUCUCUCUGGUACUUCCAAAAGAUUGGAAGGUCCUCAGUUCAAAGUUCAAGAUGCUCCUUUUAGUUGUAAACCCACAAUCCAGAAAAUUAGGGCAGGAAAGAGGCAAAAUGGAGAUAUCUCAGGGUCCUUUAUAUCCUCUGCCAUGUGCUUGGAAUUUUACUGUCCCAAAUAAAGCCCACUGUCCCUGUUUGUGGAAAGUUACUGGCCCAAGAUGGAGUCCAGGGUCACAUGAGCAUAUCACAUGCCUCUAAAUGUUUUGCUGAAUCACAUGGGGUGGCCACUGGCUCCUUGCUGGCUGAAGCAUCCUCAGGAAGAGCUGUCUGGAUGGGAUGAGUUUCUUAAAUGGCCCUUUGUGAGUUUCCUUGAUGGGCCAUCAAUACAUAGCUGUCUGGCCCUAAUGUAAGUCCUGUCUGCAGGAUGUCACACAAAAAUAUAACACAGGUUUAAGAUAACCGUACAUAGCCAAUAUUUAUAACUUCAGAUACAAAGAUGAUACAUGCAUGCAAACAGAAUAAUCAUACUUAGCAAAUCAUAACUUUUCCACUGGCACCUUACAUGAUACACUUUGUAUAAGAUUUAAGGAAAUUGUGUUGCAGUGGUAAGAACAGUGAUAUAAAUGGUCACCUUUCUUAUACACAGCAUCAUGGUGCCGUUUUCAAAUAUGUGACAAAAUAUGAAAAACUUGGAAUGCAGACUCUUGUCCAAUACAUUUUACACACCUGUACAAUUCAGGAUGAAUUAUUUUACUACACAAAGGCAUUGAAUUUCUUCAACACAAUAAAACAUUAAGGGCAUGGAUUUCAUGGAUCUAUAUACUUAAACUAGAAGCUAAGGCCCAAAUCCCACUCCACUUUAUAUCACUGGUAAAAUUGCCAUUCACUUCAUUGUGAACAGGAUUGGCUCUUUACUCAGUAUGAACUUGCUAAUGUAUAAAAUUUCUCAGCAGUUGCCACUUAUCAGGGCUAGUAAUGUUGAUUCUUCCUAUAGAUUUCUUUUAUAGAUAACUCUGCUCUCCUUUGGCCAGACUGACCAUGCCAGAAAUCCAGUAUACGAAAUCCCUAAGGGAGCUGCAUUUCGAACUUUGUUUUUUGUUUUUCUUGCACAAAGAACAUAGUGAUGUCUCUUAAAAAAAAAAAAAAGAGAGAGAGAGAGAGAUUCUUAUAACUAGUGGCAGAAAAAUAUUUUUAAUUAUCUUUACUAAAGAUUAUUGGUCCCAUUUUCAGUUAAUGUAACUUACCACUGACUUUAAUGGAGCAAUGACAAUUCGCUCUAGCUGAAUAUCUGUCCCCAAAACAUUUUGAAUAUUUUCACAAAAAGUAAUGGCAGUUUUCCAGAACUAUUAAUUAAGGCAGCCUUCCACGUCCUCAGUGAUUCAUGUCAGUAAGUGUUUUUGCCUGAUGAUAAUUUUUCAGUGAUUCACAUAUCUAUUCAGCAGGAGAAAACAACUUUAGCACUUCAGAGAACAUGGAUUUUCACAGCAAAGAUGAGGAAAAGGAUUAAAAUUUCUGGAUGACAGUGAAAAAUGCAUCACUCCUUAACUAAUGUAGUGUUUGAAACGUAACUUUGUCAAUAAUGAGUGUGUCUGUGUAUGCUCCCGCGCAGGCAUUUCUAAAUUUCUCCUCAGGAGCUGACAUUUUCUUACAUAUACCACUUAAGCUGCAGCCAUGGGGGACUACAUUAGUGGUUAAGUUGGAAAAGCCCCAAAUCCUGUAGUUAUGGGAAUAAGAAAUGCUUAUAGAAAUGCUUAUAUGGUCACUUUCUGCUAGUAUUUCUUUGUUUUUAAAAACUGCCUGCAUUUGGUGUGCAGAUUUUACAUGCUUUCUAAAAUGAAAUACGGAUAUAGGGCAAUGAGAUGUUUGUCACAGAAAAUCUCCAUGUGGUCAGCACUUGAGAACUGACAUUUCAACACCAGUGCAGCAACAAAAUUCCAAGAUAAAGUGAUCUGAGUUCACAUCCAUGGACAAAUUCUGAUCAGAUUUAUACUCCCCGCUGUAGCACCCAAGCCCUAGGCAUGGGCUGUGAGGCAGCACAGAAUCCAUCCCACAUUUUUGACCCAUCCUUUGCACUUAAUUAACUUGUCUGUUACCCUCAACAACCCUUGGCCAGUCUCUAAAAAGUAGGAGGACAAAAUUAUACCCUCAGCUGUGUGUACACACAGCUCCCAUUGAAUCUUAGCUACUGAAGUCGGGCUUUCAGAAGGAUAGACAAGUUAUUAAUAGGCUUAAAAGCUUUUGUGAGGAUGAAGGUAUCUCAAGGCUCCUGCUGUGAGGAGAACUGUGAACAAGGCCCUUGUUGUUAGUGAGGGAAGAAGGUUUUCUGUGUGAAUUUAUUAUUAUUUAUUAGUUUUAUUUGGAUAGCACUCAAAGAUCUCCAUUGGGUUUAGGGUCCCAUUGUGCUGGGCACUGUGCAAAUCCACAUAAAGAUGUGAUCAUUGCCCUAAAAAGCUACAGUCUGACUUAAAACAAUACAAUGAGGGGGUGUAACAAUCACUACAGGGAGGAGGGAAGGAGCAUGAAGAUAAGGAUGAUGAGAUCUCAUGGUGACAUAGGUUACCUGUGUGCACAGCUAAAUGGUUAUGAAUAAGAUGAAAGGGCAUCUAGUUUACUUCUACAAAUAAAUAAUAUCAGCUCUCUCUUGAUUGCCACUCAGCCCAGCAAUCAUUAGCUGGCUUACUUUACAUAGGUGUCACAGCAGAAGUGGCAUUUGAAGUGGAAGAGGGUAGUGGAUUUACAGCUUUGUUCAAGGAGGGCUUGCUAUGUGUGGUGGGCAGUGCAGUAGAAAACACAGACACUUGUGGGAGAAGCAGAGGUAAGCAUUCCAGGCUGAAGCUCAAGAACUUUAUCAAACCUUUUUCCUGAGAGGGCCUGGCUUACACACUAUGAGCAGCAUUAAGCACAUGCAAAAGUCUGCGCAGGAUCAGGGCUUCAGAUUGUAAACUCUUCAAUGCAAGGACCUUCUGUGAAAUCUAAAGUCACUGACAAAAAUAUUGAGUUCAGUGGAGCCAGGAAUUCCCCCCUUUAUCUUCUUACUUGUCCAUUAGGUUCCCACCAAACUUGGCACUGUAUAAAUAAUAAAAAUCACAAUUAGUAACACUGCUUCUUGCAAGCCCUACUGAAAGCUAAUCUGAUUUUUUAUUUGAUAAUUUACACAAUAUACAAUUUUUACAGCAACUGCUCAUUUAUCAAAGAGAUUACUGUUAAUCCAAUGGCGGUUCCUUUUAUUGUGAAUUAUAGCACCAUUUUAAAUUGUCUAAGAUCUUCAUACCGUGAGGAAGUAAGCAAUUAUAAUGAAAUUUUCUUAAUAGUCACUGCAACAUCCCUCCUUAAAUUUACAUGUAAUCCUCGGUAAUUAAUAAACACUUCCCUUAUUGAGGAAUAGGUUUUAUUUGUGUUUGAAUUAGCACCUGUUUAAAAUCAAGAGAGAAAAUAAAGGUAAUUUAUCUUACUGAUGCAUAAUUUAAACAUUUGCAGCAAAUGACUGAAAACAGGAAGAAGCUGGUACCACCUUUAUAUUAUUAUAAUUUUCUUUUCUAAAUAAUUGGGGGGAGGGAUAGCUCAGUGGUUUGAGCAUUAGCCUGCCAAACCCAGGGUUGUGAGUUCAAUCCUUGAGGAGGCUAUUUAGGGAUCUGGGGCAAAAAUUGGGGAUAGCUGAGCAGGGGGUUGGAGUAGGUGACCUCCUAAGGUCCCUUCCAACCCUGAUAUUCUAUAUUAUUUUUUCUUUUGGUUAACGUGAUAAUAUUUUUAUUUCAUAAUAUGUAUUCUCUGUGAUGCCCACAAAAUGUAAGAUUUAUAUUAUCACAUUAUUAUGUUAUCAGAUGGCAAAAUAUAAAUAAAACUUGGUUUGUGGCA